GAGGAAGGCAGUAACUCGAUCAGAGCAUGGCCAGUUAUUAACUUUUUAUUAUCUUAUUAUUAAUAUUAUUUAUUAUGGCAGGAGUUGAACCUUGUUUAAAGAUUAGCCAGGGGGUAGGCAUAAACUUUUCUCUGCCACGUUUUGUUUUUUCUCCAAAAGAAAUACCAGUUACAUUAUUUUCGUUUUCUUCUUCUUUUUUUCCAUUACAAAAAACAAACAAACAAAAAACAAGACAGGGUUGUUUCCAUGUUGCUCAGGCUCACCUUGAACUUUCACCUCUGAGUGCUGGGAAGACGGGCAUGUCCCACCCUUACUUUCAAAUGUACUUAAUACGAAAUUUAUACUUUAAAAUGUUUAAGAAAACUUAUGAAAAAGCAGAAACGGAUAAAUGUCAAUGUAGAUUUCAUAGGAUUUUGUUGACAUUUUCAUUUGCUUUGAUGGGAUGGCAUAUUUGGAUUUGCUCUUGAUGGGUUUAAUAUUGAGGUUAGUAAGACCAAAUUAAGAGAUACCUGCCUGCGCUGUAUUUUGAGUCUUCAGAUCACCAGAUCUGGUCUCUGUGUUUUGUAAAUUGUCCCCACUUCCAACUGGCCAGUGAUUUGAUAAAAUUCUUUGUUCAAUAAUGUAAGCUGAUGGAUAAAAGGGUAUAUUUAUGUCACUAUAACGGGAGAGCUAGCACUUACCAAGAGCUUACUAGGCAUCAUACUGUUUCCAUGUGUAUAAAUGCCCCUUGUCACACUGUGAGGUAAGUAUUAAUAACCUCUUACAGAUGAUAAACAGAGGCACAAAGAAGUAAUUUAUUAGGAUUAAAACUAGAAUUAGCUAAGAUCAAACCAGAAAAACUUGGUAGUUUGAACCCAGAACUAGUGCACCUUAACACUACCUGUGCUGUGUGUCUUAGAAAGGCUUCUCUGUGUACAGCCUUCAUUCAAGGUCUUUUGAUUACACACAAUUUCAACACUUAUUCCAAGCUAAAGAACUUUCACUAAAAGCAUCUAAAACAGUGACUUUUCUCACAUUAUAUUGAUAAUCUAAUGUAUUCUGACAGCUGAAAUACCGUGGUGUACAUUUUCUGAAGGCUUAAGCUUGUGACUGUGCAGCCCUCCUCCAAAUCCAGAAGACACUUAUCUACGUUUGUCUCGCCAGGUGCUCCAAUUAUGGAGAUUCUGGCCCUAGUGUCCACUUUAGCACAUGCCGGGGAGCACACAACAGAAGUGACCUGCGCAUCAGUCAGAUGGCAGGGCACCGUCUAUUGAUGUCCUGGGAUUUUCUCUGCGGUUGUUCUAUGGCGUUAGGAACUAGUUGAUUUUCUAGAAUUGCAUAAUGCAAGGAAAUAUGUCAUUCAAGAAAUGUGCCAUGAGUAUUCCCAUCGUUACAAUUUAAGGAGUCAAGCAGGAAUCCACACAUCAGGAGUGGUUAGAGGGGCUAGCAGUAUUUGGGGAAAUGAGAAGUCUAAGGGCUUUAAUCACAGAGGCUGCAUCUGAAUGUUUCAAGUCCACAAACCUUAGGUGGUUUCCUUUAAGAGUAGAGGAGCUUCAGCUUCCCGGAUGUGGAAGAAUGGCCUGCCUCUACCCUCUAUCACAAUGUGGUACUCAGUGACGCUAAGCACACCAAUGGUGGGGGAUAGUUUCUGGGUUGGGGCUGCGCCUGCGCCGCCUGGAAGCUCCGCCAACGCUUGCGCUGUAGGAACUUCCCAGGGUCCUGCGCAUGCGUACCUCCGCCCUGGCCGCCACCUUUCACUGCUCGGGGGCUGAGACAUGUGGCUGUCGGAACUGGCGGUACGCCUCAAUUGCGCUGAGUACAAAAAGGACUGGGUGAAGGCAGGACACUGCCUUGCCCUGGCUGUUUGCGCAGGCUGUCUGCAGGGCUUCAUCCGCCGCGAGGUCCUCUCCUUCCAUCGCGGACUGCUCGCUGCAGUACCUGGCCUUGGUCCCCAUGCUAUCUGUCGCGGUGGUUCCCGGUGCAGCCCGCGCGCCCGCCAGUUUCAGCCUCAGUGUGUGGUGUGCACUGAGUGGAAACGUGAGAUCUUGAGGCAUCAUGUCAACAGAAAUGGAGAUGUGCACUGGGGAAACUGCCGGCCUGGCCUCUGGCCCGUGGACGCUUGGGAGGUAGCCAAGGCCUUCAUGCCUCGAGGGCUGGCAGACAAACGAGGACCUGAGGAAUGUGAUGCAGUUGCUCUUUUAAGUCUCAUCAAUUGCUGUGAUCAACUUCGUGGUUUGAUCGGAAGAAAAGUCACAGAGGUAAUUAAGUGUCGGAAUGAGAUAAUGCACUCUUCAGAGAUGAAAGUAUCGUCUACAUGGCUUCAAGAUUUUCAGAUAAAGAUCCAAAAUUUUCUGAAUGAAUUCAAAAAUAUUCCAGAGAUUGAAGCAGUACAUUCCAGAAUAGAACAGCUUUUGACAUCUGACUGGGCUGUUCACAUUCCUGAGGAAGAUGAACGAGAUGGGUGUAAAUUUGAAAUAGGAAGUUACUUGAGUGUGAGCCAAAUCCAUGAAAUUGAAAUGGAAUUGCUGAAGGAAAAACUGCAAGAUAUGUAUCUUCAAGCAGCAGAAGAAGAGGUGUUGCCCGAAGAGGUCUCAAAUAGACUGGAUGCGGUGAAAGAGUUUUUGAAAAACAACACAGACCUCAGAAAUGGCCUUACAGAAGACAUGCAGAAGCUAGACAGUUUCCAUCUACAGCAUCAAAAACAAAUUUCAAAGGACACUGAGAGUCAGACACCUGAAAGGAAGGCUUGAGAUUAUUGAAUUGGCGGAGAGGUUUAUUGGGGCACAGAAACCUUUCAUCUGGAGGUUCCACUGAGAAGGCUGUUUUCCCAUCUACACAGGGCCACAGGUUGGGAAAACGCCCUCCCUCGCACCUGCUCUCUGUCAGGCUAAGAUCGGCUUCCUCUGGGUAAGUUCCAAUUUCCAAGUCAUUGCCUUUAGAGGCUCAGGGCAUCAUACAAUUUCCAGGCUGCUCUGUUGAAGACAUGGCCAUACCAGGUGCAGGUGCCCAACCUGACCGGGACAAGGGCUUGCCUUGUCCCUGUGGGAUUCCUUUAUCAGAUGUCCUGUUAAGGGUAUUUCUCAUACCCCUCUGAUUUUGACCCAAAAUCUACCACAGUGAAUGCAUUGCGUUAGGCUUUGGGUUUGGCAUAGACUUGUGAAACGGGUACCUAGAAUUCGAGGACUGAUUCUCAAAAGCCCUUGGGCUGCCUUUUACAAAAUCUUUUAAAUUGGCGCUAUCUGACACCAUAUGUCCUUAACGCCUCAAUUUUUACCAGCAUGUAAACAAGUAAAUAAGCCCCCAUAUGUCCAUGGUUUCUGGAUGCUGUGCUCCCCCUUCCCAAAUUCCUUCCCUGCUUCUCUCACUGCUUGCUGUUUGUCUGCAUUCCUGGCAUGUGAUCUGGUCAUGCUGGGAUCCUCCCGUUCUCCCUGCCCUCCCACUCUAAGUUGCAUAGGUGUUCCAUUCUUAGUUUCUGUUCCCCCUUACAGCAUCUGUUGAUCUGGCCCUCAAUGGGCCCACCUGUGUGCUUGCUGGCUUCUGCAGCCUACACCAGGAUCUUAAGUUGGUCAGCUGACUACAGUUUCCUGGAAAAAGUUUUGUCUGUCUGUUAAUAUAUAUGUAUAAAUAAUGUGGCCACAGUAUUCUUGUUUUAUGUCUGUGUGUGUAUGUUUGUUUUAAAAUCUGUAAAACUUGUAACUCCAGAUUACAACAGCUCUGAAAAAAUACAAACACGUGGAUAGCCACAUUUUUGGUUGAGGUCAAAGUAAAAACCUCAGCGCCAUCUUUGGUAAGAGUACCCAUGUGUGCUGGCCCUACCAAGGAGACAUUCUGCCUCCAGUAUAUUUUGACUUACUAAAAUAUUCCUUCUAAUUUUCUUGCCUUCACUGACACUGAUAAGCUGUAACUGACUGGGUAAACUAUAUGUCUAAAUUUAACUUCUAUGUCUAAUGUAGAUAUACCAAACAGGUAAUGGUACCCUGACUCUCAAGUGCCUUUACAGAUAUGAGAGUGUGGCAUUUAACAAAAGAGCUUCUUAUGAUAGAGACAUGCUAGCUCCUACAGCAUCCUAUAGAUGCAUGGUUGCAGAAGACCUUCUGCUUAGAGGCUUGCCUUUGAAUAUGGCAGAGCCAUCCACACAGCAGAAAGCUGCCUUUUACCUCUUCAACUUCCUGGACACUACACCAGGGGAUCGAUUGUCUCACCCUGCCAAGACAGGUAGACUGAACCCUACCCACAGGAAAAUCCACCAGGCCUCCUGGGCUCAGCAGUUAAAGGCAAUUACUGCUUCUAAGACUGGUAUUCACCAAAGACUAUGGAGAGACUUGGGAUUGUCUGGGUAGAUGGAAAAGCUGUCUCACUUCUGCUCCUUUAUUUAUCCCUCUCAGAUCUGUCUGAGGGCGUUUGAUGACUUAGGGUACUGGUAGUUCAUCACUUCAUUUGUUAAGUUUCCUGUUCAUAGUCCAGGAUUAACAGGUUUCAGGUGUAUCUUCAGAGUUUCCAACUUCCUUUAAUUGUCUUCUAAAAUGUUCAUGCCUUUUAACCUAAAGCCAUAGCCUUUUGCUAUGACACCAAGAUGUAAAUCUGUUCCAAUUGUCUUACAGAUACCUGCAGGUUCCUUUAAAAAAAAAAAAGUCUUGCUGUAUCAAGAAAUCUGGUUUGGUAAAAACAAUCUCCAGAGCCUAUUUUAACCCCACCCAUUUUCAAGCAUAUUUUGCAGGCCACUUCUGCUGUCUGGGCCAAGACCAGCUUACAGAGGGCCUUCUAGAUAACGCCAGAACCUACACUAGCUCCUGGAACUUCAGCAUUGGUACCACCUCUCCUGGCUCAAAUGGACACCUACCCAGCAACUAAAAUCUGGUUUUAAAUGGCAUAUCUGCUCUCAUCUCACUUACUCACCUGUGCCUGUCCUGUACAACCAGCGUACUUCUCUGUCCCAUUCUUUCUGGCAGUUCAUCCCUCUUCCCAUGGCCAGCCCCAUUCAUAGGGCCAACAAGAACAAUCUGUCUUUUCUCCUAGCCACCUGCCUUCUCAUCUUCCUCAAGGAACAUAUGCCUGAGGUCUCCAGGAUGGCAGUUAACCGGAUGCUUCUCCAGUCACACCCACUGAGUGUGAGCACACCAGCUCCCAACUCUGCCCUCCCCCACGUCGCCCCAUGCCUGCAGGAAGUAGCCAGACUUGGGCCAGCGUCCCUAUACCCAAAGAGUCUGGGAUGUUUGGGUGGAAGCUUCAUCUCAGCCCCUGGUAACCAUAUACCCAAAGAGUCUGGAAUGUUUGGGUGGAAAGUUCCAUCCCAAGCCCCCUUCCCCUAGGAGUUGCCUCAGUCCAGACUCCACCUCCAAGAAAGCCUGCCAAACAUUGACCCCUCCCCAGAGAUGCUCAAGACCACUCCCACAGUGUAUUUAAACUGCCUCCCCAGAGAACAAACACAUGGUUUUCCAAUCUUUCUUCCCCUGCUCCUCUCUGGGUGACUGGAAGGCCACACAGGAGCAAUGGCAUCCAUUAAACCUGGAUUUUCUCUAA